UGUUCCUCCUGUAUUUGCAGCGGGGCUGAUCCUACUACGCUAUAGUCACUUUCCGUGUUAUAAAAGCAAGAUGGCAGCUGUUGUUGAGAAUGUUGUCAAACUGUUGGGAGAUCAAUGCUACAGAGAUGCCCUGGAGCAGUGUCAUAACUACAACACCCGACUGUGUGCAGAGAGAAGCGUGCGCAUGCCCUUCUUGGACUCUCAGACCGGGGUUGCCCAGAGCAACUGUUACAUUUGGAUGGAGAAGAGGCACAGAGGACCAGGCAUGGCUCCUGGGCAGCUGUACACUUAUCCUUCCCGAAGAUGGAGAAAACGACGAAGAGCUCAUCCUCCUGAGGACCCACGUCUAAUCUUCCCUCAUCUGAAGACAGAGCUGGAUUUAGGUUUGAAAAAGGACUCUUUGUUGUCAUCGGAUGGCAGCAGUCUUGAGGCGCUGCUGAAGGGAGACACUUUAGACAAAAGAACAGAGCUUCGUGGCUCUGAAGAGGAAUCCAACAUGAGUGACUACACUGGGGGUCUGAACCCUGCCUCUCGCGCUAGAAAGAGAAUUCUUGAGCCAGAUGACUUCUUGGACGACCUGGAUGAUGAGGAUUAUGAGGAGGACACACCGAAACGAAGGGGAAAAGGAAAGGGCAAGGGACGAGGUGCGGGCAGCAACCGGAAGAAACUGGAUGCAGCUGCCCAAGAGGACAGAGACAAGCCCUAUGCCUGUGACAUUUGUGGGAAGCGUUACAAGAACCGCCCGGGCCUGAGCUAUCACUACGCCCACUCCCACCUGGUGGACGAGGAAGGAGAGGAGAAGGACGACUUGGACCUUGAACCCCCUCUGCCACAUCAUGAGGAGCCGAAAACUCCAAAGAAAGGCCCAGACGGUCUUGCUUUGCCCAAUAACUACUGUGAUUUUUGUCUGGGGGACUCCAAAACCAAUCACAAGACCGGCCAAUCAGAGGAGCUGGUGUCUUGCUCCGACUGUGGACGCUCAGGUCAUCCCUCGUGUCUGCAGUUCACUCCGAUCAUGAUGGCCGCUGUGAAGACGUAUCGAUGGCAGUGCAUUGAAUGCAAGUGUUGCAACAUGUGUGGCACCUCCGAAAAUGAUGAUCAGCUUCUGUUUUGUGACGACUGCGAUCGUGGUUACCACAUGUACUGUCUCAACCCUCCCAUGGCAGAACCUCCUGAGGGGAGCUGGAGCUGUCAUCUAUGCCUGGCCCUUCUAAAAGAUAAAGCCUCCAUUUACCAGAAUGCACCUCAGUCGUGAUGUCUGCUCUCUUGCUCUCUCUCUGCAGUCUGUGUACCCCUCCAAACCCCAUCCUCUGAUAGUUUGAGAGCAAAAAGGGAAGUACAACUCGCCUCAGUUAAUUUGACUCUCAUACUGUUUUAUGCACAGCCCCAGGACCACAGGUUUUUAUUUCUCAUUUUGCCAUUUUAAACAUGAAAAACAUCUGGUUUUAACCUUGUUUCCCCCAUACAUAACUUAGAUACAUGUCCCUUGUUGUUUUCUGAAGACUAGUACAGAAAUACCUGGUCAUGGUUUGUUCACAUAAAUAAAAAUGUAAUAUUUAUAUAUUUCUAUGGCUUAUUGUAGCGUAAAAUUGGGAAAAGUUAUCAUAUAAUAUAUUGGAAAUGGUGCCCUCUUCAAUAUGGAACAUUAAAUCCAUAGCUCAUGUGUUAUGGCACUGCUGAAUAAUUAUUUAUUUGUAAUUACAGGAUUUUAAAGAUGAUAUUAUUCAGUCAUCCACUGCCAUAUUAAUCAAAAAUGGUCAGAGUCUUCAGUUAUAACUUCAGUUAUAUUAUAUUGUUCAAAACAAAAACGUGAUGAUAUCCACUCAAUAGGUAACUUUUAAACUGUGGCACAUAUAGUGCACAUUUUCAUUUUGUGCAGAUGAAGAUGUGUUAAAGCUGAUCAACAAUAUCAAUAUCAAUUUGGUAUUGCAUUAUUGAUAUGUUUCUCUAUUAUCCCCCAACUCAGUAUCACAGCAUUUAUUUUUCAAUGCUCUUUCCAUUAGUGUUUGACAGUCUUUAAACUAUGUUUAAAGGAUGGAUACAUGUUGUAGAUCAGCAGAACAGACCAUUGGGAGACAGAUCUCAUCUGCUUUAAUAACUGCUCUUGUGUACUACGCACAGUAAAGUUUCCAGACAUGCCCUGUAAGUGUCUACUCAUUUUAAUAGCUAAAUAGAAGCUGGUAAAGGUGUUGGGGAAUGCUGUAAUAUAAAUUAACCACAAUAUCAUGUUCAAAAGCCAACUUACCUUAUACAACUAUACCAUGGGUUAUUUUCCCAUUACAAGUAUUUAGAGACAGUGGCAUAGCCUAAAGCACAUAUCUGCUGUUUGUUUUUAUAUACAUCAUUAUGUUCUGAAAUGUCACUUCAAUGUGGGACUUCAUGAGAAACGGUCGCCUAGGUAAUCGGCUUUUCAGGUGACUUGAACGACACGUAGCAAAGCUGUUAAUAUGGUGAAAUACAAAUGUUUGUUGAUGAAACUUGAACAGUGAAAGCAAUAGAGGACUUGACGCUGAGCUGAUGUUACAGAAAUGCCUGGCAUCCAGAAUACCCACUUCAAUCCUUUACAAAGAUGUGAGUCUGCUCACCAGAGAAUCUCCCAGUUUUUCAAAUGGGCAUGAUUGACAGGUGGAUUAGUUAAUCGGAUACACAUGGUCCGUCCAUAUUUGAAAAAAAGGAAAGAAAAAAAACAGUGUAGAUUUCUGCAGAAUCAAGGAGUGAAGCACUAAACUCUGUUAAACUGAGAUGAGAUCAAUUUGUUCAUGUUGGGCCAAAUUUGAGUAAUCUGUAUAAAAAAAAUACAGAGAUCAUUCUGGAUUUGCCAGGCAAGUUAUAGAAUGCUGCAGUAAAUGAUUGUAGGUGAUAUUUUAUUUGGGAAUGUGAUGGACUGGUUUGUUUGUUUUCUCCAAGAAAAUAAAUUCUAGCCUCAAAUGUU